AUGGCAGAGCAACGCAACAUCGUGAUCCUUGGCGCAUCUAGUGCCGGCCUCCAAUCCUCGCACUACAUCCUCAAGUACAUACUGCCCGCGUUGAAAGCUAAGAACGACGCGAAAUACCAUGUUUACAACAUCGCACCAUCUGCGCACUUCUAUUUCAAAAUUGCUUCACCUCGAGUCGCGGCGUCAACGACACGCAUGGCAGCUGAGGAUAUCGUGUUCGACCUCCAUGAGAACUUCAAGCAAUACUCUUCGGAUGACUUUACCUUUAUCGAAGCUUCUGCUACCGGCCUAGACACCUCAGCAAGAACCAUAUCUUAUCGCAGCCACAAAGGCUCGGAAGAUGAGCGCCUCCCUUAUCACGCUCUUAUCGUUGCCACAGGGAGCAGGACCAUACAUCAAGCUUUCUCAUCAAGCAGUGUCAUACAAGACACGCUAGACUCUAUCACUUCCACGAACGAGAAGAUCCAGUCCGCCAAAUCCAUCAUCAUCGUCGGCGGUGGCCCGACAGCAGUCGAAUUCGCAGGCGAAGUCGGCGAACACCGCAACGGCAAACCAGGCUGGCUGAGCAAGCCGGAGCGCAAAGUCAACAUCACUCUCAUCACCGCAGACAAACAACUCCUACCUUCGUUGAGCCCUGCAACUGCAAAGAAAGCAGAGCAGAAACUCAAGGCAGUGCACGUAGACGUUCUCUACAACAGUCGUGUGACUAAUACUUCCACCGCAAAGGAAGGCCACACUGUCGUUACGCUCGGAAACGGCGAAAAUCUUGAAACGGAUUUCUACGUUCCUGCGUAUGGCGUUGAGCCCAACUCCUCUUGGUUGCCAAAUGAGUUACUCGACGGGAAAGCCAAGCUGAUUACCAAUAAGGAGACAUCGCGUGUCGACACCGCAGGCCCACGCGUCUAUGCGCUCGGUGAUAUAACGUCUUACUCCCGCAACAACGUAUGGGAUAUUCUCGCCGCUUUCCCAGCCCUUGUCGUCAACAUUCAGCGCGACCUCCUUUCCUAUGACGCCCUCCAACCCGAUGCGAAACCCAAAGGCAAAGAUAGAAUUAUCCAGUUGGACGCGCUGGUUAACAUGGUUGUGCCUAUUGGCAAGAGUGACGGAGUGGGCGAGAUUAAGGGGUGGAAUUUCCCGAGUUUCCUUGUUUCGGUUCUCAAAGGGAGGGAUUUCUUAGUGAAUAUGAGUGCGAAGCCAAUGGCGUCCGGUGUCAAGACGAAAGAAGUCAAGUGGACGGCUGAAGAGAGUGCUAUAUGA